AUGGGUACCUUCCGACGCUCCAAAUGCCAUAAAAUAUUGUUUGGUCCCAUCUUGCACCGUCAUCGUGGCUCAUCACAGGACAAACGUGGAGGAGGUCUGGCAGUUGUGCACAGCAACCUACUCAAAGCCACCUUGAUUGUUGAUGACAUGAAAUAUCUUGGCUUCGAAAAUCUUUCAGUUAAAUUCAAUACAUAUUCAUCAUCUUUCAUCAUCAGCUCAAUCUACAGACCACCAGAACUCUCUGAUGUAUUCUGCGAUGUACUUUCGCGUGGUGAUUAUGACGUGGACGACCUUACAUCCGCUAUCCUCACAUCUACAACCAAUCUCUUUGACAAAUAUGCACCUUUUAGACGUUUGUCUCUACGAGGCAGCAAUCGUUUAAGACAUCAACUUUUAAUUGGUGCGAUAAAUGCAAUUCGGAUCUGCCGUCGAUUAGGAAGACAGUCAAAGCGAUUUUGCUCAGAAAUCAUAAAAACGGAAUACAAAAAGACUAAAGAGAUUGCUAAAACGUUAAUUAUGCAAUCCAAGAUUGACUCCAUCAAAGAAGAGCUUCAUUCUAAAAGUAAUCCUCGUGAUCUCUAG